AUGGACGCGGAGAAACUCAUUCCAACGUCGCGCGUGCCUGACGACCGGCAAAAGCUGCUGGCUGGCUCAAGUUCGCACGCGUCGCACGCGAUGGACGUGGACGACAGCGUGCGACUGCCGGAACCCGCGAGGCGAACGCCGUCGUCAGCCUACAAGAGCGGCAAGGAGGCAUUCCUCGCGGUCCUACACAGUUGGGCGACCAAACGGUUCAUGAGUGGAUGCGCCAUCCUCUUCCCCAUCGCCAUCACAUUCUACAUGACGUGGUGGUUCUUCACCUUCGUGGACGGCUUCUUCUCGCCCAUCUAUCGCCAUGUCUAUGGCAUCGACAUCCUGGGUCUUGGGUUCAUAACGACCAUCUCCUUCAUCUUCUUUGUGGGUGUGUUCGUGUCGUCAUGGGUGGGGUCGUCGGUGCUGUGGAUAGGCGAGUGGAUCAUCCACCGCAUGCCGCUCAUGAAGCACAUCUACUCCGCCUCCAAGCAGAUCAGCAACGCCAUCUCGCCGGAUCAGAACGUGAAUGCGUUCAAGGAGGUGGCCAUCCUGCGCCAUCCGCGCAUAGGCGAGUACGCCUUCGGCUUCAUCACCUCCAACGUCACCCUCCAGCUGGAGUCGGGAGUGCAGGAGGAGCUGGUGAGUGUGUAUGUGCCCACCAACCACGUGUACAUUGGAGACACCUUCCUCGUGCCUGAGUCUGACAUCAUCCGCCCCAACCUCUCCGUGCGAGAAGGCCUCGGGCCCCUUUGCGCUUAA